CGAACAGAAACAACGAAACGAAAAGUAUAGAGAAAGAGAGAAAUAAUAUUUAAAAAAAAAAACGAAUCAAGAAACGAAGUGAAUAAACGCAACAAAAUAAAUAAAUAGGAUAAUUUUUCCCGUUUUUCUUGAACUCGGUUCGGUUUUUUUAUUUUAAUUUGUUUUUCGUAAACGGUUUUAUUUUUUACCUCGUCAAUAACUAAAGAUUCUUGAUCGCCUCACAAUCGCGAUUUUCCGCUGCACUUUUUUUCUGUUUCAGUUUGUUGACUCGAUAAUAAAUAUUUCUGCCUCUUUUUUUGAAAUUCGGUUCGGUGGAAUCAGUUCUGUUUGUUUGCCAGAAAUAUAAAAAGUGAAAAGUUGCCACAUUGAAGACGAGAGAAAGAUAGAACAGAAAAACAACAACCGAUUUAAAAAAGAAAUAAAUUCGGCUUUUUUCCAUCCUGGAAUAGGAAAACAAGACAGAUUUCCCUCGAUAAAAAAUAAAUUGUAUUGAAUUAGAUUAUGAGAGAAAAACCGAUCUUAAUGACAGACAAAAUGAAUAAAAUUAAAUGACUAUUUGGAUGCUGUUGCAGCCUUCAUUCAUGCUAGUUUUUCGUUUGGUUCAGUUUCAACGAAAAACCAAAUCCAUCAAUCGAAACUCAUAAUAAAGAUCAACUCAAACGAUUCACACAUUUUAUUUAUAUAUGAGAAAACGUUCAGCACGAGAACGUAAAAGAGAAAAUUCAAAUUGGAAUUUGUUCAGGAGUGACAAAGAGAAAUAGAGAGAUAGAAAGAGAACCCUAAUAAAACGAUACAUUAUACUAAUUGAGAAUGCAAAUCAAUAGCAUCGAAUCUAAUAAAUCGACAAAGACUGAACCCAUUGAAACCAUCGAUUUGGAUAGCAGUCCCAUAAAAAAUGACGUGAUAUCACUUGAAACGGACACAAAACCGACGCCGGUUAAUCCACAGUCAUCAUCAGCAUCCGCCUCAUCAUCAUCAUCAGCAGCAGCAUCAACAUCUCAAUCGUCAUCAUCACGUCCACAUAUAACACAGUCAACGCGUCAAUCGCACAGCUCAUUUUCCAUUAUAAAAAAUGAGGAGUUCGAAUUCGAAGUGCCAGGAGAGGCUCCUACAUUUGUUCCAAACGAACAAGAAUUUAAGAAUCCAUUGACUUACAUCAGCAAAAUUCGACCGAUUGCCGAAAAGUAUGGCAUAUGCAAAAUUCGACCACCACCGACUUGGCAACCGCCAUUCACAGUCGAUGUGGAUAAAUUGCGAUUUACACCUCGAGUACAACGGUUGAAUGAACUCGAGGCAAAGACGCGUGUUAAAUUGAAUUUUCUCGAUCAAAUUGCAAAAUUUUGGGAAUUGCAGGGAUCUUCAUUGAAAAUUCCAAUGGUUGAACGCAAAGCGCUUGAUUUGUAUUCAUUGCAUAGGCUUGUCCAAGAAGAAGGUGGAUUGGAGACAACUACGAAUGGUCGUAAAUGGUCAAAAAUUGCAUCACGAAUGGGAUACCCGGUGGGAAAAAGUGUUGGUACAAUAUUGAAAGGUCAUUACGAACGCAUUCUAUAUCCAUUUGAUGUGUUCACAUCUGGUAAAGGUGACGAGCUCAAGCCAAAACUUGAAUCAGAUUCCGAUGAUCAUGAUUAUAAGCCGCAUGGUAUUCCAUCGCGACAAAAUGUAACACCACCAACAGAAACAACAGCCCGACGAUCUCAACGCUUUAUGGUAAAAUCCGAAGUAAAAACCGAAGAUGAAUGCGACGAUGUUGAUGUUAAAUCACCGAAACGAGUUACCCCACAAAAAAAUGGUGAUAGUAAAAUGAGCGCUUCCGAUGUAGCUGCAAAUACAGCGGCCACGGCACGAGCUGAACUUCGUCGUUUACAAAUCUAUGGUGCUGGCCCGAAAAUGCCAGGCAUCAAAACAAAAUCGGGCCAACAAUCAAAUCAAACAACACCCACAAAAUCGAGAAUGAAUGGUAGCAGUAGUGGUGGUGCUACAAGUGCACGUCAUCAACGACAACAAGCAAAUCGACAACGCAAUCAUGCCGAUCCAUUGGCAAAAUACAUUUGUCAUAUUUGUACACGUGGCGAUGGCGAAGAGGCAAUGCUAUUAUGUGAUGGAUGCGAUGACAGUUAUCACACGUUCUGUUUGAUUCCGCCUUUGGCCGAUAUUCCAAAAGGUGAUUGGCGAUGCCCAAAAUGUGUCGUUGAAGAGGUUAGCAAACCGGUUGAAGCAUUUGGUUUUGAACAGGCACAACGUGAAUACACGCUACAACAAUUUGGCGAAAUGGCCGAUCAAUUUAAAGCUGAUUACUUUAAUAUUCCGGUGCAUUUGGUACCAACUGAAUUGGUUGAACGUGAAUUUUGGCGUAUUGUAUCGUCAAUUGAUGAAGAUGUUGCCGUUGAAUAUGGAGCCGAUUUGCAUACAAUGGACCAUGGUUCUGGUUUUCCAACAAAAAAUUCAUUGUAUUUAUUGCCGGGCGAUUUGGAAUAUGCCGACAGUAGUUGGAACUUAAACAAUUUACCAUUACUGGAGGAGAGCGUUUUGGGGCACAUCAAUGCUGACAUAUCAGGAAUGAAAGUACCAUGGAUGUAUGUUGGUAUGUGCUUUGCAACAUUUUGCUGGCACAACGAAGAUCAUUGGAGCUAUUCAAUCAAUUAUUUACAUUGGGGCGAACCAAAAACUUGGUACGGUGUACCUGGGAGUCAGGCUGAAGCUUUUGAAAAUACAAUGCGUAGUGCUGCACCGGAAUUAUUUCAAUCACAACCAGAUUUAUUGCAUCAACUUGUCACUAUUAUGAAUCCAAAUACACUGAUGAAUGCUGGCGUACCAGUCUAUCGUACUGAUCAACAUGCCGGCGAAUUUGUCAUCACAUUUCCCCGAGCCUAUCAUGCUGGCUUCAAUCAGGGAUACAAUUUUGCUGAAGCGGUCAACUUUGCACCAGCUGAUUGGAUAAAAAUGGGUCGUGAAUGCAUUAAUCACUAUUCAAAUUUGCGACGAUUUUGUGUAUUUUCGCAUGAUGAAUUGGUCUGUAAAAUGGCAUUGGAUCCGGAUAAAUUAAAUCUGGGCAUUGCAACUGCAUGUUAUUUAGAUAUGGCCGAAAUGGUCGAUACAGAGAAAAAACUACGUAAAUGUUUGCUUGAAUGGGGCGUAACAAAAGCCGAACGUGAAGCAUUCGAAUUGAUACCAGACGAUGAGCGUCAAUGUGACGUAUGUAAAACCACCUGCUUUUUAUCGGCUGUAACAUGUACAUGCAUUAAAUCACUGGUUUGCCUUCGUCACUAUUCGGAAUUGUGUAAAUGUGCACCAGAAAAGCAUACGCUCAAAUAUCGAUACACACUCGAUGAAUUGCCGUUGAUGUUGCGCAAAUUGAAAGUAAAGGCUGAAUCAUUUGAAACAUGGAUUACAAAAGUGCGUGAUGUACUCGAUCCCACCACGCCAACCACAAUGACAUUAGACGAAUUACAAGAAUUGGCACAAGAGGCUGAAGAUAAAAAAUUCCCAUCAUCGGUGUUGCUUGAGCGCCUCAAUUCGGCCGUACUCGAAGCCGAAAAAUGUGUUACAGUUAUACAACAAUUGGAUAUAAAUAAAGUACGAACACGAACAAGAAAUUCAUCGUGCGAAAUAGCCAAAUAUAAAUUGACCAUCGAGGAAUUGGAUAUGUUUGUACAGGAAAUUGAUAAUCUGUGUUGUGUAAUCAAAGAGGGAAGUAGCGUACGUGAACUGCAACAAAUUGGAAAAGAAUUUGCUGAACUUUCAACAUAUCUAUUGAAGGAGCCACUAAAUGAAGUCAAAGAAUCAAAGGUUGAAAAAAUGAUCGAGGAGGGCAGCGCACUAUGUAUUGAAUUACAGCAAAUGAAACCGUUGAAAGCCUUACUCGAUAAAGUGAAAUGGUAUAAUAAUGUGCGAGAGUUGCGUGAAGCAGAUGAAAAGAUUCCAUUGAAUGUUAUCAAAAAAUGUUUGCAAGAUGGUCAUGCGUUGAGUGUGGUGGGUGAAGUAGAUGAUACAUUGGUACAACAAGAGCUACAAGAUUUGCAAAGUAUUCUGAUGGAUGUCGAAGAAUGGGAAGCCGAUUCAAAGAAGUGUUUCGAAAGUGGUACACAGCAUGAUAUACCCGAAAUUGAGGAACAAUUGAAUCGAGCCAAUUCCAUUGAAGGUGAACUACCAUCACAAGCAACACUUGAAGAUGCAUUACGCAAGGCCAAAGAAUGGUUGGCAACCGUUGAAAUUCUACAGGCAAACGAAAAUUAUCCGUAUUUCCAUACAUUGGAGAAUGUUGUGAAUCGUGGCAAAAAUAUUCCAUUCCAAUUGGAAGAACUGAAACGCAUGGAAGAACAUUUGACCAGUGCCCGUGGAUGGAAACAAAAAACAAGCCGAACAUUUUUGAAACGAAACAGUUUUUUGGAAUUACUUGAAGUAUUAUCGCCGCGUGCAAAGCCAAUUAUGCUAGUAUCGAAUGUUGGUAGUUCAGCUGAAAAAUUGGGCAGCACCGCAUCAAAAUCGUGCGCCAUUUAUGAUGAAAAACAAUUCACCGAAGACAUGGGACCCGCUCAAAUGGUGGUCGCAUUCAAAAAUGCCGAAGAAAAAGAACUUAGUGAUAUGCGUGAAUUGCGUGAAACCAAUCAGAAUAAAAAUCCAGAAAAGGAGAAAUAUUGCGUAUGUCAUCAACCGUUCAGCGGAGUUAUGUACAAAUGUCAAUUGUGCCUCGAUUGGUUCCAUGCGGGCUGUGUAAGAAAUUAUCCAAAUACCUGUACAAGUAAUUCGGCAAAUAAUACACCCACCAAACAGAAUCGUAAUGCAACUGCAUUGAAUCAACUAUCAAAUGCAUCGCUGACACCGAUAAAUGGACGUGCUCGGGAUCGUGAACCAAAAUAUCUGUGCGAAUCAUGUCAACGAUCGAAACGACCCCGUCUGGAAACAAUUUUAACGCUACUUGUAUCACUGCAAAAGCUACCGAUUCGGUUGCCCGAAGGUGAAGCACUACAAUGCCUUACCGAACGUGCAAUGAAUUGGCAAGAUCGGGCACGACAAAUACUUGAAACAACCGAAGUUGUAAAUGCACUUGCCAUUAUACAAAAACAACAGAGUCUUGCCGAAUCGAAGGGUGAUGCGAACGAACAAAGGGAUGUUGAACAUGCAUACUCGGUACCAAUGGAUAUACUGCCAAAUUCAACAUCGUCCGCGAUGCCAAUACAAAAAUCAACACCAAACACAGCACAAAAUUCCGCCAGCAAAUCAACAACUGGCCCAGUGAUUCAACUACAAAAGGCCACUACGGAUAAAAUCGAUGAGCUGAUGAUGGAAGGUGAUCUCCUAGAAGUGUCUUUAGAUGAAACACAAUAUCUGUGGCGAUUAUUGAACGCCUCAAAACCUGACAUUACCGAUUUGGCUUUAAUACGUUCCAAAUAUAACAUAAUGCCUCAAGUGAAUGAAGCUCUAGUCAGUAAUAUUAGAAAACGGCAUUCAGAUGAACACCAAAAUGAUGCCUUCCUGAAAAAGUCAAGAGUUCGCAUCAUGCGCCCUGGUAACUAUCAGUCACUUGAUCAAAGACUAACACGGCAACGGUUAUCAGAUGACGAUGAUGAUAAUGACGACGAUGAAGACAUGGAGGAUAUAGCAAACUUUGAAAAUGAAUUGUCACGCAACGAUGAAAUUGCUGAUAAUAAGGCACCCGCACAAAAGCCAAAACGAGGUCGUAAAAUGACAAUGACAACAAAAGACACCGACGCAAUGUGCACGACAAUUGAAGAAAGUACGACGAUACUAAAUGACAAUGCUCAAUUAAAUUUGAGCGCUAAAAAAAAGAAACGUGGUCGUAAAAGUGUCACCAAUCAAUCGUCAAAUACAAAAACCGAUGACGGUAGAAACGUUGUGACCGCAUCAACAUCGGAUGAAGAUGAAGAAUGCAGUUUUGCCAAUUGCAUUCGACCGACAGGUCGUGAAGUUGAUUGGGUGCAAUGUGAUGGUGGCUGCAACGAAUGGUUCCAUAUGCUAUGCGUUGGUUUGGUGAAAAGCCAAAUGAAACCGGAUGAUGAAUUCAUUUGUAAAAAAUGUAAGAGUAAAAAGACAAAUCCUGCCACCCCAAAUAGUUCAAAUGUAAGCAGUGCAACAAAAAAGCUAAAAUCACAAGGACUGAAUGGAAACAGUAGUGGGACGAUAGCAGCAAAUGGUAAUGGUACAACUGGCGCUAAAAAGCGAUUAACACGAUCAAAAGAGGAUAGCAAUAAUCGUGAAAAAUCAACCGUUACAAAUACAAAUGAAAAUUCGGUGGAUAAUUCAAAAGAGAAUGAGCCCAGACCAAAUAAUAGCACUAAAAGUGACAAAAGCGAUAGUCAAUCGAUAAGCACAUCACGACCAAAGGUGAAGAAAACUAAAAAAGGUGUACUAGGGAAAAUGGGCAAUGAAUCGACCAAAAUUACACAUGCAAAUAGAAAGAAAAAAAAAGAAAAAUUCAAAACAAAGAGAGGAAGAGACAGAGAAUGAGAAAGAGAGAGAGAGAGAGAGAGAGAGAGAGAGCAAAGAAAAACAAAACUAUUUAUUACAUGAAAUAAUAUGUGCCUGUUGCUGCUUAGUCAAAAUGGACAGUGAGCUAUAUAGCUCAUCGUAUAAUAUUUCAAUAGUUGAACGUUCUCGUCGCCGUCGUAAUCAUCAAUCAUUUUCAUCAUUAUCAUCGUCACAUGAGUGAUGAGGCCAGGCAAACAAAACAAAAUUACUUACUAGAAUUUGUAGAACAUUGAAAAUUUACAAUUGUAAAAAAACUUUCAUAGCAAAUUUGUUUAGCUUUUUAUUGUACGAAGAAAAAAAAAUUGCAGAAUAGUAUCAAGAUGAACAGACAUCAAAAAAAUGAACACAAGACAAAAUUUCACAUAUUUAAUUUAAAUAGAAAUCAAAGAAUUUUACACAACCUAUAUAUAUAAAUAUAUGUACACAUUAUACAAACACACUCACACACUCAUACAACAACACCCCACUAUAGAUUAAUUUUGGAGAAGAAAAAAAAUAGUGUGUGCGAGAGAUACAGAGGAUGUAAUAUGGGGAGAGAUCGAAUUUACAUUAAGACAACAAAGCCGAGAGAAAUCAUUUAUUGGACAUUUCAAAGAAAUAUAUCCCAAAAAGCGUAUAUGAAAAGGGGAAGUGAUUCUUUAAACAAUUGUAUUAUAAGAAAGGAGAUGCCUUGUAGGCUUAUCACACAAUCGGACUAUAACGUUCUAGCAAUUUUUUUUUGUUUUUGUUUUUAAGAAAAUGAAUUCUGAAUGAGCAAAGAGAUUCUUUUAUCCUUUAUUCAAAACAUCAUUACGCUCAACUUCUUGGUGACAUUUUCACUAUACAUUCAUUUGAAUAGAUAUGGCAAAUGUGUACGCAUCCAUAUUGUUCGUUAGAAUUGUAUUUUUUAUCACACUUUUACUCCAAAACCAAUUUUUUUUUAAACAGACAAAUUAACUGUCUUCUAGGGAGAAUAAAAAAAUCUCACGACGCUCUAAGAAUUGUUCACGUAAAAAUCAAACGAUGUAAGAGAAUAGCGGCGACACGAAAUUAUUUUUUUAGAAAUGAAUGAAAAUAUAAAGUAUGUGAAAUUAACAAAAGAAAUUGGUAAUUUUGCAAAGAAAUAACAAAUUGACAAAUUAUAUAAAAUUAAUAACGCCCAAUAGGUGUGUUUAGUAAGAGGAAAAAAAAAGAAAUCAAUACCCCAUUUGUAUAUAAUUCGAUACGAAUAAUUUUUCAUUUGUCUAUCAUUUUGCUCCCCAUUAUUCGAUUUAUUGUGAUUUGUUUUGUAACCUUUUUUUUUCUCGUAGCUUUUUUCCUACAUAUUUCUAUUUUAUUUUAUUUUUCCGUGUUCGCUGAGGUUGGUGACGAGUAUCGAAUGAUACAUAUUCAAAACAAAAAGAAUAAAUAAAUAAUUCUCAAACACACACAUAUACACAUUUACACAUCUCACAGAGACAAAUGCAGCAGAAUACACAGUCCCCCCCCCAUACAACAAACAAACACUAGCAUUAUAUAUAGAAAUUAUUUAAAACGAAUGAAGUAUUUUAUGUAUAUUUUAAGGGAAGAUUCAUAACUUAUGUAUAAUAAAAUGAUGGAAAUAAAUUUCAACAACAACAAAAAAUUUA